AUGAUGCCCGAUCAAAAAAGCAAUCUGAUGGACCAUAUGUUCGACAUGCUGGAAGAUUACACAACGACUCUUGAGUUAGACGUGGAAGAUAGAACAAAGCAAUUGCAGGAAGAGAAGAAAAAAGCCGAUGUAUUGUUGGGAAGAAUGUUGCCGAGGCAAGUAGCUGAUCGCUUGAAGCUCGGCCAAACAGUGGAACCAGAGAAUUUCGGAAGUGUCACAGUGUUUUUCUCCGAUGUUGUCAAGUUUACUCAGUUGGCCGCUAAGUGCACACCUUUUCAAGUAUGUUAUUAUACAGGGUGA